GGGAUGGUGCCGGAAUUCAGGGGAAGAACACAUUUUCCUGUUCUGAGUGUGGGGAAGGUUUUAGCUCUGAAUCAACUCUUUGUGUUCAUCUGAGUUCUCACAUGGGUGACAAGUUUCUUUACUGUUAUGAGUGUGGGAAAUGUUUUCUUCGUAAAUCAGACCUUGUCACACAUUACAGAUCUCACACACGGGAGAAACCAUAUUCCUGCCCUGAGUGUGGGAGAAGCUUUGCACAAAAGUGUGAUCUUAUCCAACAUCAGAGAUCACACACGGGGGAGAAGCCGUAUUCCUGCCCUGAGUGUGGGAGAAGUUUUGCACAAAAGUGUGAUCUUAUCCAACAUCAGAGAUCACACACGGGGGAGAAGCCGUAUUCCUGCCCUGAGUGCGGGAAAGGUUUUUCAAAAAAGUGCCUACUUACCCAACAUGAGAGAAUGCACACAGGGGAGAAGCCAUAUUCCUGCAUAGAGUGCGGGAAAGGUUUUACAAGUAAGUGCGCUCUUACCACGCAUCAGAGAUCACACACAGGCGAGAAACCUUAUUCCUGCCCUGAUUGUGGUAAAUGUUUUACAUCAAUCACCUCUCUUAACACACAUAAGAGGUUACACACAGGAGAGAGACCAUAUUCCUGCUCUGAGUGUGGGAAAUGUUUUAUAUCAAUCACCUCUCUUAACACACAUAAGAGAUUACACACAGGCGAACAACCAUAUUCCUGCGCUGAGUGCGGGAAAAGUUUUACAUCAAUCACCUAUCUUAACAUACAUAAGAGAUUACACACGGGUGAGAAACCAUAUUCCUGUGCUGAGUGCAGGAAAUGUUUUACAGAAAUUUUCCAUUUUAACACACAUAUGAGAUUACACACAGGCCUGAAUCCAUAUUCCUGCUCCGAGUGCGGGAGAGGUUUUUCAAAAAAGUGCCUACUCACCCAACAUGAGAGAAUGCACACGGGGGAGAAGCCAUUUUCCUGCUCUGAGUGCGGGAAAGCUUUUUCAAGUAAGUGCACUCUUACCACACAUCAGAGAUCACACACAGGCGUGAAACCAUAUUCCUGCCCUGAGUGUGGGAAAAGUUUUACAUCAAUCACCUCUCUUAACACACAUAAGAGGUUACACACAGGCGAGAAACCAUAUUACUGCUCUGAGUGUGGGAAAUGUUUUAGGUCAAGCUCCCAAUUUAACACACAUAUGAAAGUACACACGGGCGAGAAACCAUAUUGCUGCUCUGAGUGCGGGAAAAGUUUUACAGGAAGCUCCCAAUUUAACACACAUAUGAGAGUACACACAGGUGAGAAACCAUAUUGCUGCUCUGAGUGCGGAAAAUGUUUUACAGCAAACUCCCAAUUUAACACACAUAUGAAAGUACACACGGGCGAGCAACCAUAUUCCUGCUCUGUGUGCGGGAAAAGUUUUGCAGCAAGCUCCCAAUUUAACACACAUAUGAGAAUACACACGGGCGAGAAACCAUAUUGCUGCUGUGAGUGCGGUAAAUGUUUUUCAGCAAGGACCUCUCUUAAUACACAUAUGAGAGUACACACAGGCGAGAAGCCAUAUUCCUGCCCCAAGUGCGGGAGAGGUUUUUCACGGAAAGCCUAUGUUUCCAGUCAUCAUUGUUUGCACACGGGGGAGAAGCUGUAG